CGACACGAGAGACAAAUAGUCCUACACUUCCCCGUGAGACAUGGCGAGGUUAAGCGAGCAUGGGAUCCGUUUAAGUUCGGUGGGUGUUUCCAAUUUUCUCCGAUCAUGCUUCAUAUGUGCGUAUAUCUUUCUGCAGAGUAUUUUCAGUUGCAGGGAGGAAGAAUGAAAAGUGAAACAAACUCGCUGCUUCUGUUUUUCCUCUCUAGAUGAGUCCUUCCUUCUUGAACAGCAACUCUACAAGUCAUACCUGGACAUUCAGCGCGGUGGCGGAGUUGAUAGGUGGGUGUCCUUUUGCGGACUUAUUCACUCUGUGUUCCUGCAUCAUGCGCUCCUGCAGCCAAUGUGCGCUCCUUUGUGCUGGUGCAUCUUUUCAGAGUGUCAUCCCAUACACUAUAUACACUCUUUCAGCGAAUCACCCAGAGUGAACAGUGUUCUGUAUGUUAAUGCUCAUAUGGAGCAAUUAUACUUCCUCUUUCACACCAUCAACGGCUUGCUACGUUGCGCAUGAUGUCUGUCAGAAAGUGUAACUCCAUACUCAAGCUGUAAAAGCCUUUAUUGUGAAAUGAUCGGCACAUUGAUCGGCAACUUUUAUUCAUCAUAAAAAGUCCGAACUCGAUAACAUCUCUUAAAUCACUUGAUGAUCGUCCGACCACGUGAUACAAAGCGUCUAUUUCUGUUUUGUCAACAUUAACAUUGAUCCACUGUGUGCUUGCUGAUUGGUCCAAACAUGCUGACUGUCUGUUGGCUGAUGAAACUCUGUCAGACUCCACAGAGGGAGUGUGCUGCUGUGCUGAACUGAACAAACGCAGGUGCGCUCAGUCAAACAGGGCAACAAACCUGGACUAAAUAUUGUCAUUCAUACUGACCUAGUUGUAAAAGUAACUGAUUAGAUUUUGUGUCACGUUCAGCUUGCAGGAGGCAGGAUAUACACCUCUAAGUAGGCCCUAGUAUUCCUCCAAAACUCUCUCACUUUACCUGAGUGAAAUAGUAUAACAUACAGUAUAUCAACAGAGGAUAAAUCAUCAUAAUAGUGGGAGUCAUAAAUGGAAUAUAAAGUAGCUGAAACCUAUUUCUCUACUUUAAUUUUAGAGUAAGGAAGAGUGGGGUAAGAUGAGCCAUUUUUCAUAUUUUGGAUCACUACAUAAAGGCAACCAUAGUUUUGUCUCUAACUAGUGUAUCUGCAUGUAGUUCAAGAUGUUGUCCAUCCCUGCAAACCAACAGAAUGAGUGUAAACAGAACUGUCUUGAUAAUAUAGCAUGCCAAAAAAAAGUGGUCUCCUAUGGUCAACUUACCCAGUGUAGGGGUAAGUUGACCAUAGGAGCAGGGUAAGUUGGGUCUUAUCCCUACUGAACUCAAUUCUAAUAAAACUUAUAACAGACUAAAUUCACUUUCAAGAGUGAAAAAUGUUUUUUGUAAAUAAAUGUCUAACCCCUUCACCCAUGUGCUUCUAACCUUCACAGACUCCAUGAAUUGAUGCCCAUCUCCUAAAUAUUUGGUCACAUGAUCAAUUUCUUUUACCAUUUCCAAGCAACAGGGGGUGGCUCAACUUACCCCACUCUCCCCUACUGUUAUUUUACAAUGAUUUCGUUGCUUUCACAUUGUUAUGGUUCAUUAAAACAUGACGCAAUGCAACAACUCAGGUUUUCUGUAUCAUGUUUGCAUAUCUAUGUUCCUAUACAAAAUGUACUCCAUAUUUUUUCUCACUAACAUCAUGAGGAUACAUGUUUCUUCCAUCCUUAGAACAUUUUUGGAUGAACCCUUUCUCAGUUAUUUAAUCUUUCCUCUCUCAUCUUGCAGACAAUGCUUCAGAUCCUGGUGUGAUGGCUAAACAGAUCUGGAUAGAUGUAGAUGAGAAGUCCACUGAGCUCUGCCUAACUUUCACAGAUAAUGGCAGCGGUAUGACCCCCAACAAACUGCACAAGAUGCUCAGGUAAAAUACACAUGAAAGUACAAAAGACAGUGCAACAAUAAAUAUCAUGAAGUAUGGAAAACAUUUUCAAAAAAGAAAGAAGAAGUCACACAGACUGAUGGUUUGGAAUUUGCCUCUUUUAGAAACAUUUCUAAUCUCUAAAUUCAAGUUCAUGUUUUUUCUGUUAUUCCCGUACAACAUGCACUCACUCACAAACACAGACUCAUGCACACAUAUAAGUGCACAUUUAAAAUAUGGACAAAGUAUUCAUUCAGACAGGACACAAGAGUGAAGCAUGUGGGCACAAAAGUAUCCUAAUACACUUGCAUCUAUCAAGCUGAAAGCUAAGCGGAUUACCUUUUUCACAUUCACUAGGAAAAUAGCUAAAUUGGUGCUCUAUUUGAUCUGCUUUAGUCUGCCUUCUGUAGUUACCUUCUUCCCAACCACUUUGCAACCCGCCUUUACCCCAGUUCCUCCUUUUAUGCCUUAGCAUUUGGAAGGGCAGGGUGCUCUCCACAAGAGCCAUACUGCCAAAUGCAACUAUUACUGCAAGAUAGAAAUUCUUUCUGGUGGGAGGAGUCCUAAAUGUAAUUACUGUGAAUUGUAACACCAACUUCCCUGGUAACUUUCUCCUUACAUGCUCUCUCCUUUUACACAAUUUUUCUAGCUUUGGUUUCACAGAAAAAGGUUCAGGUAAAGCCAGUCAGCAGGCCAUCGGUGUUUACGGAAAUGGCUUUAAAUCAGGCUCCAUGCGUCUGGGUCGUGACGCCCUCAUCUUCACCAAAAAUGGUGGCUGCCAGACUGUAGGGAUGCUGUCUCAGACAUACCUGGAAAACAUCAAGGCCCAGGCUGUCAUUGUUCCCAUCGUCCCGUUCAACCAGCAAACAAAUAUCCUUCUAUGUCCAUUAUGGUUAAAAUCAAGGAUCAAGUGAUUCGCAGCAAAAAAAGAGCUGUGUGUGAGUUAAAAAUAGCUGUAAAUGCCUUCCAAAGGCAGCCAAAUGUUUGAAAUCCAGUUUUUAACACAGAAUGUCAGAGGAAAUGUGUGUCCCUUUGUAUCUCCCUGUUUAACCUUAAUUCAGUGUCACAGUCUCUUGUGGUGACGGAGGACUCAGUGGCCAGCCUGGCUGCAAUUCUCCAAAACUCCAUUCUCACCUCUCAGGAACAGAUACAUGCUCACUUUGACUCAAUCCCUUCAAAAAAAGGCACCAAGAUAUUAAUCUGGAACAUUCGAAGGUAAGAGAAAACAUUUUCUCAUGGUUAACGGUGUCAAGCAAUAAUACCUCUAAGUCUGGUAAGUUGGCUCCUGGUUGUAGUUUAAUACUUAAGCUCCUGUGAAGAGUUUAAGCUGGUCAAGAAACAGACUCAAGUUGAAACUCCUUAUUAUUCAGUUCUCUCAUUUAUUAUUCCUGCUUUCCUACCUCUGGUUAGGUGUACAGGUGACUUACAGCACUUUGCAAAAACAUCCUUUACUAGAAUUGUCCAUGCCAGAGAUUCAUUAUGAGUCAUACUUUGGACUUUUAAAUAAAAUAAUAAAGAAGGGAGAGCUGAACAAUACUUCCAUGUUCAGGAGAAGAUCAGCUAAGAGAUCAACUCCCACUUUGGCCACAGGGGGCACCAAAAUCAACACAACACUAGUUCCUCAAAAUAAAGGCAUAAGAGUGGAACUCAUCUAUCUAAGUUAACUUUUUGUAGCACAGUGAAAAGAAAUAGAAGUAUUUUUGUUCUUCAGUGAGUCCUUCAGGUGAAUUCAUGAAAAGUAAUGUUGGUGUGGUACUACUAUGGUACAGCAUGCGAACCUUAUCAAUAUGCAAACACAUCCUCAAACACAGACAGGCAAACCAGCAAUGCACACAUGAGCUAUUUGUUUAAACAUGCCUUUAAACAAAUGUAUGUAAAACACUGUAUACCAGCUUUAAAGCCAGCCAUUCAGUGUCCAUCGUGCGAAGAGCUGAGACACUACUGAGGACAAUUUUCUCACAAUUUGUUCAGUGUCUGCUUGAAGAGACUGUUUAUGGAGGGGCGUAACUUAAAAAUAGUCUGUGGCUGAUGAAUGAUAAUUUAAAAGCUACAUGUUGAACUUUUUUAACACUUGGAUACCUCUGGUGUUACUUUUGGUGCUGCCAUGAGAGUGAGAUAUAUUCAGUGUCUUUACAUGUUAAAAAUGUUCUGUCUUUUAUGUUAUCUGAUAGGGCCAAAGAUGGAAAGCCAGAGAUCGACUUUGAAACAGAUAAGAAUGACUUCCGUUUACCUGAGCUUCAGAUCGAGGAGUUGAAGAAGGGUCUGAGGAACAGCGGAUCCCUGAAGGCCGACCAGAACAUCCCUGACAUGCACUACAGUCUCAGGGUACGAAAAAACGUUUCCUCUGAGUGAUCACUACUGAAAGCUGAACAAAGGAGAUAUUACUGACUAAUGUAUGUAUGAAUUUACUUAUUCAUGAAACCAGUCAAAAGGCCUCUCUGGUUCCCAUCUGGUUGCCAGUUCACAAAUACGAUUCGGAUGAGUUUCAAUUCAGUUGUUCAAUAAACUUUUGAAAAGUAAGGAAAAAAGAAAAGCAAACUGGGCAACUAAGAGUAAAGCAGUCCUUUCUUGUCAGAUUUUGAUCACUUAACCGGAUACUCAUCAGUGGGUGAGGUUUGCUCCGAUGUCACAGAAGUCUAGAUGAACAUGAUUACAAUUUCUGAGCAUCGUCCAUGUAUGACAAAAAAAAGAGGGCCAAGAGUUUAUUCAUGAUGACUGAGUCUAAUAGUGAAGCAGCUCUCUUUUGUAUUUUCUCUUAGCAGGGUUCAUUGCAAUCAAAUAAAAAUAUUAAUGAUUAUAGAUGACAGAUCUUGUCAGACAGUGCAAACUGACAAAGAAACCAUACUUAUAUCCACAUGAAGGCAAACUGUCAUCAAAGGCACAUGAGCUUCAAAGAAAGUCCGGCUCUACUGCUUCCCACAACAGCAAGAACAAAUAACAGUCUUCAAGAUUUCAACUGUCACAUAUUUCGGAUGUUUGUCUUCCAAAUAAAAAUACACUUUCUCUUCCAUAGUAACUCUUCACCACAGAAUACAUAUCAGUGGAUUUUUAAAAGUUUCCAGUAAUAAUAAUGAUCUAGUGGUUGUAAUCGUAGUAUUAGUAUCAUAAAAGGUUGACACUACUUUUAAAGUGGGUUUUUUUUUGUGUGCUUUCAAGAAAAAAAUCAAAAGUAUUAAAGGCUUAACCUGUAAUCUACAGUAAAGAUGAUAUAAAAUUAAUAGAAGAUGGUGCCAGUUUUUAGACAUGUGAAAAUUGACUGUGUUUCUGUCUGUUAUUCUUUUUGUCGCAGGCCUACCUCAGUAUCUUGUACCUGAAGCCGAGAACGCAGGUUAUACUCAGGGGGAAGAAGAUUCUGGCCAAACUAGUCUCGAAAGGGCUGAGACACAUCGAGCAUGACGUGUACAAACCCCACUUCAGUGUAUCCCUUCACUGUGUAUGUGGUGUAAUGCGUGUGAAUGGUGAUAAAAAACUGUAUUCAGUGUGUAUGUGUGUGAAGAAAGAAGGUGGGGGGCAUCUGACCAUGUGUGAGUGCUUGUGGUUUUUUGAGAGAUGGAAAUAAAAAAAAAGGCUGCUAGGUGCUGAAAGUUUUGUACAUACUUGUGUAGACUGCUUAGGUAAGAGGCGGUGCUUGUGUGCGGGUUUUUGAUAAAAUCAUUUCUGGCUGAAGCAAUUUCAAGGUUGUAUCGCUGAAGAGAAACUGAAGUUUUAACCAGCCCAUGUUCUGUAAUUUUAUCAGCCUUGACUAACGUAUCAGAAAGACAAAGUGAGGGUGACGUUCGGGCUGAACCCAAAAAACAGAGACCACUACGGCAUCAUGAUGUACCACAAGAACAGGCUCAUAAAACCUUAUGAGAAAGUGGGCUGUCAAAUGAAGGUAAAUCAAAAUAAGCAGACUGGCUGUUACAAAUGUUGUGUUGUUCGAGAGUCAGACCAUUGCUUAAUCUCACUGCCAAUCUCUUACAGACUUCAGGUCAAAGGUCAGGAGUUGGGGUCAUCGGCGUCAUCGAGUGUAACUUUCUCAAACCUGCUCACAACAAGCAAGACUUUGAGUACACCAAAGAGUACAGGUGCAUAAUACAUAAUACAGUUAUUGAUGUUUAUUUUGCAGCUGUACUGCUGUUUAAAGAAGUGCUGUAAAAGUCUUAAAAACUGGUAAUUAGGCUGUUGUGUUAGUAAUGUUGGGAAAAGAAACGCUCUGUCUUUCCCCCUUUUCCUCUCCAAAGACUCACCCUCGGUGCAUUAGGCCUAAAACUGAACGACUACUGGAAAGAGGUGACAGAGAAGAAGGCCAGAGAGCGAGAGUUUCAGGCUUUAGACAAGGAUGAAGAGGAGGAGGAGGAGGAGGAGAAGGAAACGGACAAGUGAGUGUGAACAGUUUUCCUCAUAAAUGUGUCUUCAUAACUUGGCUCCAUACUGCCUAAAAGACAGCUCAGUUCAGAUUUCACAUCAUAAGUAUAAAAGAUAAGGUCAUUUUUAACAAGUCACCCUGCUAAGAGAAGACUCUGGUCUGUUUGGAUAAUGAGCAUUUUGAUAUGAGAAAAUGCAGCUUAGUGUUUUCCCUUACAUGCAGGUACAUGUCCAUUAAAGUGAAAGGGAAAAUAAGUUUUCUUGAGGUUAAUCCCAGAAGAUGCUGCACUUCUGACAUGACCAAACAUGUAAUAACAAAGCAGGGAACUUCUGGAACUUUCAAUUUACCAACCUUUAAUACAAAUAAGCAUCAUGUGUAGUCUAAAAAACACAUGAGGUUCAAAAGACACUUUUCAAGACGUUAAAAGGAGCAUUUAAAAAUAGUUCCCUCGGUAACCCUUGGUGUAUUCAUUUCCUCUCUACUGCUGUUUCCUGCUAACUAAAAUGUCUAUGCCUGUGCAGGGGUCCUUUGUGGUUACAAUGUGAGGAGUGCCUCAAGUGGCGAAGUGUCCCCGAGGGUCAUUGCAAAGUGGCCCCUGAAAGCUGGAACUGUAGCCAGAAUCCAAAUCCACGUUACAGGUGUGAUUUUUUUUUGCUUCAUUUCCAACACCUGACUUCACAAGAAUUUGAGUAAAAGGUCAUCAGCAAACCAGAUAGCUUUUUAAUGUACAAAGGUGGGACAGUCUAAGUGAGCUGGUAGAGAUUAUCUAAUGUACAUUUAACUCUUGCCUUUCCUCACUUGUUCCAUUCACAGUCAUGCUAGGUCCAUCAAACACAAAGAUACACGUAAACAGGGAUAUACUUUAAUUUAUAUCUGUGUACAUUUGUCUGUGUGUGUCUCUGUGUGGUUUCAGUGUAUGUACUUGUGAGGAGUAACCCUUUGACAAACAGUGUUUCCUGUGAGGAUAGGCUCUACUGUGUCUUAAAGUGACAUUUAAACUCCUCAGUGAUGGUAGAUUCAUGUUUUGCACUAUUAUAGCUAUACUGAAAAUGGUCAGCCACACAAAGAAGUCGGCCAUUGCUGACCUUAUGAAAUGUCAAAGAGCAUGUGUUUGUGUGUGUCUUAGGGGGUUAGCUGUUGUAGGAAAGCAUGAAUAGAGUUUCAAUCUUGGUCUCCUUGGGUUUCAGAAGCUGCUCCUCACCAGAGGAAGCAGAAGACAGCGAGGAGCAGAUGACACCCAGCUACCACAAGAACCACAAGAAGCAGUAAAAUCCCAUUUCUUUUAACCGCUUUAACUUUUACCAUACGUUUAACUUUUUCUCUGUGUGUAUGUGAAGAUGUUUCACUACUCCUGCACGCCUGCUUGUCUUUGUGGUUGUACACACUGUUUUUUAAGGGUGGUAUAUGUCAGUUUCACACUUACUUCCGGUGGUGGGACAUGUGACUUUGUGGGUCAAAAAUGUCUAGUUUUCUGGCCUGAUAUCAAGCAGCACACAGUGAUACAGAGGAAAAAAGAAUUCUUUAUAGACAACAUAGUACUCAGCUAUGAUUGCUUCACUCGAGAGGCUGACUGUCAUUAUUUUUUAAUGGCUGAUGAUCAUUAAAGAUCAGGCCAGCUGUAUUUUGGAGCAAUACUUAAUUGCAUUACCCCAUACAUCAUAGCAUAUCUUAUACCAAACACUAACCUGUAACUGUGUUAAAUCAGAUCAUUUAGAAAAGAAGGUGGCGACAUCGGCAUCAUGAGUUCAGCAGCAAGCAUUAGCCAAUCUCCAUAACUUUAAAACGCCACUGAACACACGAACAAACAGCUGAUGGAUAAAUCAGUCAAUCUCUGUCUUGUGUUUUAGACCUUAGGUUGAAAGAAUUAGUGUGCUAGCCUCUUAGCUGUAGCUUAGAUUUGAGGUUCUCUACACAUAAAAAUAUAUUUUAAAAAAAAGGUCUAUAACUUAGGAAAACAAACAGGGCUGUUUCAAUGAGUCCAGCAAGUAUUUUGUGUGUUGCACUAUUUCAUCUAGGAAACAACUCUGCCGACAUCUCUAUUUGAAAGAGACGUACAAAUAUAUAUUUUUUUCUAGCUCAAUGUCAAGAGCAAUGAAAUCUCAAAAAUAUAUAUUCCCCUUAUGUUUCUGAAUAAUUAUAGCGAUCAACCGUAGAAUUAUCAAAGCAAGUCAAAUAAGUGUAUACAGAGAGUCAGGCCUCAUAAUAUGGUUAUUUUAUUUUCAGAGGCCAUCCAAGAGGCAGGAAACGAGAAUAUUCGCUGGAGGUUAGUAUGUUUUUUUGUUUGUUUUUACAAUAAAAAAGACCGAGAACCACCACUACUGCAAAUAAAAAAAGAAUGCAAAACAAAGAAGUCACAACGGAAGUCACCGAUGCAAGAAAAAGAAACCGAAGCCCGCUGCAAAUAAAAAAGAAACAGUGCAGAUAAAAAAAAACACAAUGGAACUUAACGACGCAAAAAAAAGUGACGAUGCAAAAAAAAAUAAAAAAAUGAAAGGAUGCAAAUAAAAAAAAACCACAAGAGAAGUGAGCCGGGAAUCAAUAAUGAUGAUGUUCCAGUGUUUUAUGAUCUAGGCACAGAAGACAACGGCAAGAAGACGAGCAAAAAAGUAAAUGGAAAGGUUAUCGUUUCAUUUCGCUGUGUGCUUUUCAACGUGUCAUUUGGUCAGGCCAUGUAGCGUCUGAGUGGAUAUGAUGUUGAACUGGAGGAUGCCGGUGUAGUGUUAGCUUCUGUUAGCUUCAGUUUAACUUCAUAUCGACUCAGGUGCUACAAGGCCUAACCAAUUGACACAUUGAAAAGCACACGAAGUGAAAUUUAACAAUAACCUUUGUACUUACUUCUUUGCUCGUCUUUUCGCCAUCGUCUUCUGUGCCUAAAUCGUAAAACACCGGCGCAUCAUCAUUAUUGGUCUCCAGCAGCUCACUUCUGUUGUGGCCCUUUUUUUUUUUUUGCAUCCUUUUAUUUUCGCACCAAGUAACUUUUUUUUUUCUUUUCUUUUUUUCUUUUUUUUUUUUUUUUGCAUCACCACAUUAUUUUUUUCUUGCGUCGAUGAUUUCCGUUGUGGUUUUUUUUUUUAUUUGCACUGUUUCUUUUUUUUAUUUGCAGCAGGCUACGGUUUCUUUUUUUUUUUGCAUCAGUAACUUCCAUUGUGACAUUUUUUCGCAUUCUUUUUUAUUCCCAGCAGUUUCGUAUCUCAGCCACCAUAGUUACCUGCACUGUAGAUCAAGUUAAGUGUAAACAUAAAUUUCUCUUUUACCCUAUAGGCCCAGGACCAAAAGGCAAAACAUCAUAUCUUGUCCCGCAGUUCAUCAGAGCCGUGCCAGUCCAAACACACACCUCAGAACAAAAGAACUACAGACAAACACCACACAGAGGAAAAUACACCAGAAGCAGAUCAGACAAACACAGAUCACCCAGAGGAUUUUCCCACAGACACACACACAGAUGGUGAUACAACAAAAACACAAAGUACAGCUAUAGAAAAGGUCACACCCACACGACGGGAAUCUGCCAGAAAUGACACAGUGACUAAGACCAAAGAAAGACCAGAGCAAGCUGAUGAUGAAGAAAGCAACAAAGAAAGAGACUCAAAGAUGGAGGAGAUGGAGACAGAAGAGGAGAACCCAAACUUAUUAAGGUAUGUUGCCUGCAAGUUCUGACACAAAUCAGAUAGUAAAACAAAACAGUACCAUACUUUUGAAAUCCUAAAGCCUGUGAAAUGUUGACUAGCGGUCUGAAAGACGCUGAGGGUGCUUGUAAUUCAAUUCCCACAAUGUCUUCAUCCAAGCUUAUGGGAUUUUGUUCUCUGCAGCCUCAAAAGGAAACUGGGUUCAUUAUUUUCUUAUGGCAACAAGAGGCCACGCUUUGGGGAGGAGCAACAGACCGGCUCAGAAAAUACAACAGAGGAGAUGAGUACUGGGAAGCGAAGAAACAGACCUGAGAAGAGUGAAGGAGACAGCGGGGGGGAGAAAAGACCCUGGACCCACUCUCUCCCCAGUGCACAGACUGUGAAAGUUUCUCCUCUGAGCCGUACAGUGUGCAAAUCAGUACCUCCAGAAGGGGGCGACAGAGAGGCGACUUUACAGAAGCUGGCGGGGUUGGAGAAAGAGGUCCAGAGGCUUCAGAAGCUUUUAGGUUUGGAAGUCACAAAGAUCACUCAAAGUACAAUGACAGAGGCUGAAAGUCAUAAUGGAGGCUCGAUGAAACUGCUCGCACCUACAGCAAGAAGAGAGGUCGCCUGCCAGACAGAAGCGGAAGAGGUCAGCAAAAUUUUUACUCAUUAUCUAGAAUUAAUCGAAAAUGAAUAGUCGGUCCUCUGAUCAUUUUGAUAUGAUUUCACCUUUAAACACGAUUCAGCUGCCAGGAAAAUAAUACAAUGCUGUUUCACAUUCAAGUUGUUAAAGUUGCCUAUUCUCAAACUCUAAAGUUUUUUCCUGUCCUUUGUCUUUAUCAGAGCUCCUCUUCAUCCAGCAGUCUGGCCCAGGCUCCAAGACUCCAGGGUCCAGUGCUCCAGGGUCAGAGAGCUGUAUGUGGGCUCAAAGAGCUGCCUGAUCAGAAUGGACCCAGGAAGGAAAAGACAGAAACUCAGGGCAGGAUCAGUGACAGCGAGUCCUGUGAAGACACCAGGUGAGUAAUCUCAACACAAAUACACAUCCACAAACUGAAUAAAAAACAGUGCAAUUAUCUUAAACCGGUUUUUAUUUCGCUGCAGUAUUUUAUGUGACUCAUUGUAGUUUUCUGGUUGGAAACAUAGACUGUAUGUACUAUGACAACUUGGUUCCACCUUCCGCCAGUAUACGGACUUGAAGCCAAAAAGCUCUCUUUUUUUUCUCCACUUCCUGAAACCAACAUUGCGCAGUAGCGUUGUACGCACUCCACCACUUGCACAGUAGCAUUGUGCGCAUUUGGCGGGAGAGUCGCUGUGAUGACGCUCGGCUCAAACAGCAUAUCCCUCGGGUGAGCUACGCAAUCUUCAUACGCCCAUAGGCUGUAUCAGGUGUCAAUCAUAGAAAACAUGAACCCCUUUAUAACUUUUAAAAACGGAGCUGCACAGAAAAAAGAGGACUUGGGCACAAACCAGUCUUACAAUAACUACAUGUCAAGAUCGCAAACAAGGGGGAGAAAAAUGUAUAUUCUGUGUAAUAAAUUGUUAAAGUUUGUCCACGGCCCCAUAAGGAUGGCAGGCGGAGGUGGGAUGUAUGACCUAUACUGCAGCCCGUCACCAGAGGGUGCUGUUUUCAGAGUGGCUUCACUCAGCGAGGAGGCAGACUCCUUCCAUUCUAUAUACAGUCUAUAGUUGGAAAUGAGUGCUCAUGGGGUUUCACAGGAUUCAGUUCUUGGUUCAGCUCUUUUUCCACUGAUAUGCUUCACCUUGACAGUUUCCUAUGUAAAUAUAAUGUCCAUUGUCAUUAUUAUGCAGAUGACACACAACUGUACAUUCUGAUCAGACGUGGAAACAAAUCAAACAUAUCAAAUCUCACUUAUUGUCACGCAGAAGUAAAAUCUUGGAUGUCCAACAACUUUUUAAAACUGAAUAAUAAUAAACCAGAAGUUAAUUUAUCUGGCCCUCAGAUAAAAAGAGAUCUAGUUAUUUAUAUCUAUGUGAUUUGUCGAAUUUUGUGAAGGCCUCAGCCAAGAACCCUGGUGUAGCUUUUGAUCAUGAUCAUUAUGUUUUGAUCCACAUGUGAAGUUGUUCAGCCUUGUUUUUGUCAGCUCAGAAGAUUAAGUCACUAAUGUCUCCAGAGGAUCUUGAAAAACUCAUUCACGCUUUUAUAUCCUUCCGCCUAGAUUACUAUAAUUCACUAUAAACAAGCAUCAGUCAGAAAUCAAUCCUGCAGCAGCUGAACCAACAAAUGUGCCCAUAUCACCAUAUCACACCUGUUUUUGCAGAUCUAUUCUGGCUAACAGUUGUUUCAAGGAUUGAUUUUAAAGUUCCUUUGAUCAUGUUUGAGGCCUGACACGGUCUCGCCCCUCCCUAUAUUUCCGAGCUUUCUGAGCUGGGCUUGUCUGAGAUCCUCUGGCAGUGUUCUGCUGGCAGUUCCAAGGUCCAGACUGAAAACUAAAGGUGAGAGAGCGUUUGCUGUCAGACCACCCACACUUUGGAACAGCCUGCCAGAGGAAAUCAGACUCACAGAGUCAGUCCCUUCUUUUAUUUCUCAGCUCAAAACUUAUUAUGACAGUAAAGAUUUUAAUCUGUGAUUUUAUUUCAUUUUAAAUCAUUUUUACAGAUAUAUAAGAUCCUAUAUAUCUGUUUUAUGCUUCUAACUUUUUAUGUUUUUCUGCUUUUACUGCACACAGUGAAGCGCUUUGUUUCUUGUAUUUUAAUUAAAAGUGCUAUAUUAAUAAAGUAUUGUUAUUUUUAUGAAUGAUUAUUGCUUCCUAUCUUUGUGCAGAGCAGGUUAUUUAUUUAAUAUUUAAUUGCAAACAGCUGGAGAUUAGUAUCCCUUCAGACUGUGGAUGUUGCAGACUUUAAAGCAUGAGAAUUUUUAAUGGUGUUCAAAGUGGAACAUCUGUUUUUAUACCCUUGGUAUGUAGUCUCAGUUUUUAGCAAUUUCCUGUAGCUGAGAGAAACGCUUCUAUGUGCAGGGAAGUCAAUACCUUUAUUUACAAGUUAAACCAACUCAAACAACCUUUGCAUUAUUAUUAUUAAAUGUCUCGUGUUUUUUCAGUCUAUCUCCCCCAGAAAGGUUUGAGUCAUGUACUUCAGUCAGACCUUGUAUCAACAUUUUUGAUGAUACAAGGUCUGGAGCAUCAUGUUGUUGCCUACAUGACUAAAACGUGAAACUAUCUUUUCAUGCUGAGGCUCAAAUGUCUGAUAGCUGUAUUAAGGCAUCUGUCUUGCUUCAGAUCUGCACAGGAGAAUCUGCAUGACAUCCGAAACAACGUGGUGGCGCUUCUCACGGCUCUCCUGCCCCAGCUGGACCUGGCUGGCAUUAGUCUGGAGACCAGCGAUGUGGAUAGCAUCCUGCAACAGAUCAUAGAGGUCAACUCACUGAGGAUAUGAUCAUUUUUGUCAUAAAGCACAUCAGGUUUCUCUGAACAAUUUUUUAUUAUCUAUUUGAUGUUUCAUCUAUUGUUUAGAAAAGUCUAAAUUGAUAAACCUAACCCAAGAGUAGAGUGAAAUGAACUUUUUCUGAAGAAGCUUCGGUUUUCAUACUGCGCUGUAAAAUGUUUUAUAUGAGACAAACUGGUUAAGCUUUUGGCAGCUUUUACACGCUACGACGUUUUGUUAUAACAUUUUGAAUAUAAUGUUAAUGGUGCUUGUAAGAAUCUACAGUGUGAGCCACAGCAUACCCAGC